GGAGGCGGGAGCCGGUUGCGGACGGAUCGGAAGGGCAGGCGGACGGGAGUUGGACAGCUGCCUGGCGAUGCAGCCGUGCUGAAGACGGGAAUUUAGCGCACGGCGGGCGGAACCUUUGAGCCAGAGGGAGCGCCGCCGAGCAGCCCGUGAGAAUGGCUGGGCUGAGUUGGAAGGAGAUCGUUUUGUUGACUGGGGUGGUGGCUGUGUGUUACUGGAACAGCACUUAUUGUGGAUUCGUCUUUGACGAUGUUUCUGCCAUUCUGGACAACAAAGACCUGCAUCCUUCUACACCACUGAAGAACCUUUUCUGCAAUGACUUCUGGGGAACUCCUAUGACAGAGGAAAGGAGCCACAAAUCCUACCGACCACUCACUGUGCUCACCUUCCGAUUAAACUACCUUUUCAGUGAACUGAAUUCUGCUUUCUAUCAUCUCUUGAAUCUUGUCCUGCAUGCAGUGGUCUGCAUAAUCUAUCUCAAAGUAUGCCAGCUAUUCCUGGACAGGAAGUCCAGUCUGAUUGCAUCUCUGCUUUUUGCAGUUCAUCCAAUUCACACAGAAGCGGUUACUGGAGUCGUAGGUCGGGCUGAGCUCUUGUCCUCCAUUUUCUUUUUGGCUGCAUUUUUAUCGUACACUAAGUCUAAGGGUCCCAACAAUUCAAUCGUGUGGACACCUAUUGUGGUCACAGUAAUACUAGUUGCUGUUGCAACUUUAUGUAAGGAACAAGGAAUAACGGUCAUCGGCAUAUGCUUUGUCUAUGAAAUCUUUGUCGCCCAAGGAUUUACUUUGCAUGUUGUGGGGGAAAUUGUGGUUCACUUGGUACAAGGAAAGGGCACUCUACCAUCGUGGGUGCUCCAGAUGCUGAUCAAACUUAUUUUUUUGAUGCUCAGCACACUUCUGCUCGUCAUUGUCCGAGUUCAGGUCAUUCAAUCCCAGCUGCCAGUUUUCACCAGGUUUGAUAAUCCAGCUGCUGUCAGUCCGAGCCCUGUGAGGCAGCUCACGUUCAACUAUCUCUUGCCGUUGAAUGGCUGGCUUCUCCUGAACCCGUCACAAUUGUGCUGUGACUGGACAAUGGGCACUAUCCCACUAGUGGAAUCGGCCUUGGAUAUUCGGAACCUCGCCACAGUCACUUUCUAUUUUCUAAUGGCUCUGCUGAUACAUUAUAGUCUUCGCUAUCCUGGAGAAUCAUCCCAAGUUGUAAUAAUGGCGCUUUCAUUUAUGGUGUUGCCAUUCAUUCCGGCAUCAAACUUGUUCUUCCCUGUUGGCUUUGUGGUAGCAGAGCGUGUGCUUUACGUACCCAGCAUGGGGUUUUGUUUGCUGGUUGCCCAUGGAUGGAAGAAGAUAACGGAAACACGGAACUUAAAGAAGCUGUCAUGGAUUGGUUUGAUGAUUCUACUUGUUGUCCAUACCAGCAAAACAAUUUACCGAAAUUGGGAUUGGGAGUCUGAGUACACACUAUUCAUGUCUGGUCUGAAGGUCAAUAAAAACAAUGCAAAACUUUGGAACAACGUGGGACAUGCUUUGGAAAAUGAGCAUAACUAUGGGAAAGCUUUGAAGUACUUCAUUCAAGCCACGAGGGUUCAACCAGAUGAUAUUGGGGCCCAUAUGAAUGUUGGAAGAACAUAUAAAAACCUGAACAAAACCAAAGAAGCAGAAGAUGCCUACAUGCUGGCAAAAUCACUUAUGCCACAGGUUAUACCAGGAAAGAAGUAUGCAGCACGCGUCGCACCCAAUCACCUAAAUGUUUACAUCAAUCUCGCAAAUUUGAUUCGAGGGAAUGAAUCUCGGUUGGAGGAGGCUGACCAACUAUACCGCCAAGCGAUCAGUAUGAGACCUGAUUUUAAACAGGCAUACAUCAACAGGGGUGAGUUGCUUCUGAAGAUGGACAGGCCUCUGGAGGCCAGGGAUGCCUACAUAAGAGCCCUGGAACUGGACAAGACCAACGCUGACCUCUGGUACAAUUUGGCGAUUGUGUACAUUGAGCUCAAAGAUCCAUCUGAAGCCUUGAAGCAUUUCAAUCAAGCUCUAGAAAUCAGUUCUAACCACAAGCUGGCACUGUUUAACUCGGGUCUGUUAAUGCAAGAAUCAGGUGAAGCUAGCCUGAGGCCUGAGGCGAAGAAACGUUUUUUAAGUUAUGUGGAAAUGGAGCCUGGGGACGCAAAUGGGUACUUCAAUCUGGGCAUGCUUGCCAUGGACAACAAGGAGAAUGUCGAAGCUGAAUCCUGGAUGAAGAAAUCCAUCCAGGUACAGCCAGGUUUCCGCAGCGCGCUGUUUAACCUAGCGCUGUUAUAUUCUCAGACUGGGAUGGAGUUGGAAGCUCUUCCAGUUCUGGCUGACCUGCUACAUCACCACCCUGAUCACAUUAAAGGGCUCAUCCUGAAGGGAGAUAUUCUGAUGAACAAGAAGAAGGAUAUUAAAGGAGCCAAGCGGUGCUUUGAGAGGAUUCUGGAGAUCGAUCGCUCCAACGUUCAGGGGAAGCACAACCUGUGCGUAGUGUACUUUGAAGAGAGGGACCUUGCGAGGGCAGAGGCUUGCCUGUCCGAGACCUUGGCUUUGGCACCAGAUGAGGAGUACAUCCAUCGUCACCUGAGCAUCGUGCGCAGCAAGAUAGCAGCUCAGGGCAACGGAGCCCCCCUGGAACCUUCAGCAGCGGCAACCAAUCCGACAAACCGAGUGGAGGAUAAAACUUCCAUCACGAAUCUGAAGGGGCAAGACAGUGAACAGAGGAAAGCUCCUGAAAGAGCGGAUGCUGCUGAAGGUUACAUAGAGCUUCCCAGCAACUCUAAACAAACCCAAAAUGGUCUGAACAAACGGACAAAAAAAAAGUCCAGUAAAGAGAUCAAAGAGAUUGAAAAGAAGCGAGCUGCAGCCUUAAAGAGGCUUGAAGAGAUUGAACGCAUUUUGAAUGUUGAAUAGAAAGAAAAUUGUGAAGCCUAAGGAUCUGUCUGAUCAUCGUCCUUUUAACUUGACUAUAUUAUUGUGGCAACAAUGGUUUACAGCUUCCUGCCAUGCAGGAAACAUUUUAUGCAAAGUAACUUAAAUAGGAAUCAUAAUUAAUACCAUCAAAACCAAUGGUUUUUCUGAAUGCAAAUUUAAACACUAAUUUAACAAAACCUAAAGUUUCCUACCUCCAGUCACCUUAAUAAACUAGCCUUCCGUAUAGAAACAAUUAGUGUAGCUCCUGUCAAAGAUGUUGCUUUUCAGGGCUUGCACCACAAUCAAGGGUUUGGAUGUUCUUGAGCCAGCCCAACAUUAUGGGGUGGGCCCAGUAGCUCAAUCAAUUUCCAGCUUCUUUUCCCACAUUGCUCAAUAAUUAAUUGAAUCUCAAUGUGUGGGAGUUACAGAUCAGAAAGUUUCACGUUGAAAUCUGGGCGUGUUGGCUGGUUUCAUUUGAGGCAGCAGUAAGGCACCACAUUUGCCUUUGGUGUCUCUGGGUUGAGGGAAUGGGUAAAAUCUGUCGGCGUUCCCCAACUUGACCAUUGCUGUUGGAAAGUGCAUGUGGAUAAAUGCCAUGUCAGAAUGGGGCUUGGCUGAAAAUGAUUUUCCUUUCCGCCCCCCCCCCCACAAUGACUAGGCUCACACUCGCUCGGAGCCAGGCAUUGAACAAUGCCCAUAAUGUACCCUCAGGAAAGAAAGACAAGCAAAAGCUGAGAAAGAGAGCAGGCUUUCUGAGGCUUGGGUUGGCAUCCCAUCCAGACUGGCUGGGUGAAAGCGGUUCUCUCUUGCUGUGGCUUGUAAACGCAAUGAGAUUGCCUGGGAUGAGAAUGAAUUGGCAAUCACAGCCAGUGGCCACAGGAGUGGUUACUGUCAUGGAACUUCUGCAAUGCAGCACUGAGUUAUUUUUUGAGACUGAAGUUAAAGGGCACUGCUGUAUAGUACAGAAGGCGAUUGUUAGACUUGCAUUUUAUGAAACAUGAGAAUCUUUGACAAUUUAAAAAGAAAACAUUUCCUCAAGGAAAUGUAUGAAAAGAAAAGAACUCUGAGCUUUUGAACUCUGAAAUUGUAGCACACUUCCACAACCUCUUAUUUAUAUAAUAUGUAACUGAGUGUUAUGUUCGCUGCCUUCAUGUGUUGGGUAAUGCUUAGAUAAGCUCAGUUUUCGUUUUCUGUGCAUAAACUUUAGUUACUGUAGCAAUGAAAGAAUCUUUGCUAUAGUCAUGAUAAACCACUCCUGAUAUGAAUGUUACUUAGAAGCAGCAGAUUUUCACAGGCAAUAUAUAUUGCUGCGGUUUUCCAUGUUGGAUAUAUAUACAAACAUUUAGUCUUCUAUAUCGAGUCAAAUCAUGCACCGAUAUGUUAAAACAAAAUCAAGUAUACUAUAUCCAUUUAUCUUCAGUGAGCAUUGGGUCAAACUUUUUUUUGCUCUGUUUCCAUGUUUGUGUUAAGUUGCACAAUGUAAUCACGAACUAAUUCUCAUUGAAUUAAGGACACAGCUUUUACACCGUGAUUGUACGUUACGCUGUAGUCACAGGAAUUACAUAUAAUUAAGUCAGGUUGAAAAUUCCACUGAUGAACCACUGCAGACUUAACUUCAGUUAUUCACAGUUUUGCCUUUUCAGUUCAUGGGGAAUUGAGCAAGUUUUUAAUGGUUUGAAUCACUAACUAGAAACAUGCCCUUUUAAAUGAGGCUACUUUCUACAAUACUUGACUACAAUAAUGUCUUGGUCUGUGUGUUUAUUUGACACUAACAAGUGGUAUAACCUCUCACCUAAAUGGAUGACUUUUUUUGUCCUUGCUUGAACGCAAAUAAAGUUUGAUUUUCAGCGUA